UAAUCAUUAGCAUUAUUCAAUUGCACAUCCUUCUCUCUCUUCCUCUCCAUCUCUCUCUUCUUUCUCUCUUCACUCUACAGUGUAAAAUCUCAUAAGAAGAAGAGGAUUGAUUGUCUACAUUUCUGAAGACAAGAGAACAGAUUCAUGAAGGGUCUAGCAGUGCUAAUUUUGUUGUUGGUGUUAAGUCAUAUUAUUGUACAUACUGAUGCUCAAUUUGACGGAGAAUGCAAAUUCAACAAGCCUCUGGAACCCAGACCUCACAGUGCGUCAGUGUUGGACUUUGGGGCUGUCGGUGAUGGGGAGACUCUAAAUACUCUGGCUUUCCAGAAUGCCAUUUUCUAUCUCAAGUCCUUUGCUGACAAAGGUGGAGCACAGCUCUAUGUUCCAGCUGGAAGGUGGCUGACCGGAAGCAUAAAGCUUACCAGUCACCUCACACUCUUCCUUGAAAAAGAAGCCAUUAUUCUGGGAUCAAAGGAUUAUGCUCAUUGGGAUAUAGUCGAAGCUUUACCCUCUUAUGGUGGAGGUAUUGAGGCACAAGGUGGAAGAUAUCGCAGCUUGAUUUUUGGAGAUAAUUUAACUGAUGUUGUGAUAACAGGUAAUAAUGGAACUGUUGAUGGUCAGGGUUCUAUAUGGUGGGAGCAGUUCACUGCCCAUUCUUUAAAUUAUACUCGACCACACCUAGUAGAAUUUGUUAGCUCCAAAGAUGUUGUCGUCUCAAACUUGACCUUCCUGAAUGCUCCAGCCUGGAAUAUUCACCCGGUGUAUUGCAGUAAUGUUGUGGUUCAGAACAUAUCGGUUCAUUCUCCAGCUAACUCCCCAUAUACCUAUGGCGUAGUCCCAGAUUCUUCCGAGCAUGUGUGCAUUGAGACCAGCAAUAUUAGCAUGGGCCAUGAUGCUGUUGUUCUCAAAAGUGGUUGGGACGAGUACGGGAUUUCCUAUGGCAAACCUACUUCGAAUGUCCAUGUUCGAGGGGUUAGGCUGCAGUCUUUUGCAGGUGCUGGAAUGGCUUUUGGCAGUGAGAUGUCUGGUGGUAUCUCCAAUGUGCUGAUAGAGCAUGUUUACUUGUAUGACUCCCUUUUGGGGAUUGAGCUGAAGACUGCAAGAGGGAGAGGUGGUUAUAUCAAAGAUAUUCUUGUUACGGAUGUGGUUAUGGCAAAUGUGCAAGUGGGAAUUGAGGCCACAGGUCAUUAUGAUUCUCAUCCAGACGAGAAAUUUGAUCCGUCUGCACUUCCAGUUGUUAGUGGUAUCACCUUUGAGGACAUUGUUGGCACAAAUGUUUCUAUAGCAGGCAAUUUCACUGGAUUAUCAGAAUCUCCCUUUACUUCAAUAUGUCUGUCAAACAUCACUUUUUCCAUAUCUUACAACCCUUUUACAUCAUGGCUAUGCUCUGAUGUAUCCGGUUUUUCUCAAAAUGUGUCUCCUGAACCAUGUCCUGAGCUUGAGAGCUCAUUUUCUAGUACUACUUCAACUUGCUUCACCCUCUUACACCACCCUUACAGUCAAGUUGCAGUUUUGUAAGUGAAACAAUUCGUUUCAUUAAAAUUAUACGAGACACAUUUCAACUUCCAGUGCUGGUGUACAUUCUCCAAUAAGAUGCAAUGCAGAAUCUACGGUUUCGUGCUUAUGCAAGUAUCAAGAAUUCGACGAUACAACAUUUUCGAAGUGGCCUGAGAUCGCUGAUUGUCUCCUGUGUACAGCAUCAGUUUCUUCAUUCACAUAUAGGAAAAGUUUUGGUAGUGCAGCAAAUUCAGAUGAGUUGUUCUUUCCUGUCCCUUGGUUCAUUUGAGUUUUUUGUCAUUUGUCUUACAUUUGUAAAUCAGGCAGCAAAGAAGGGGUGUUAUAGUUGAUUGUCAUUGUUGAAAUAUAUCUUCUUUUGUCAUUUGAUUGAAUUGAAAAGAGUUGUUAGUACAGAGUCUUGAGUUGAAGGCAUCAAAUUGCAAAUUUUCUUUUAAGGUUA